GUCGGCUCAGGAUCUGCCGGCGCUGUAGUGGCCAACAGAUUGACUGAAAAUCCAAACAUAAAUGUAUUACUUUUGGAGGCCGGAGGACCUCAAACCACUGCCACUGACAUACCGGGCACAUGGAUAACACUUUUGGGCACAGACGUGGACUGGGGUUACCAAACAGUACCUCAACGUAACUAUGGUUUGGCUACCAAUGGACGGGUAGGUCUGAGCAGAGGCCGAGUGAUCGGAGGAUCUUCGACUAUAAAUGCGAUGAUAUAUAACAGAGGAAACCGUAGGGAUUAUGACGAGUGGGCCAACACUUACGGCGCUAAGGGAUGGAGUUUUGAUGAAGUGUUGCCUUAUUUUAUUAAAUCUGAAAAUAAUAGUGAUUUACGAAUAGUGCGAUCAAAUCCUGGCUUUCAUGGCGUGGAAGGACCGGUAGGCAUCUCCUCGGAGCCAAACCCUCAGCCUAUACUUCAAUUAUAUUUAAAAGCUAUGAAUGAACUCGGGUUUGAGACCAUAGACGUGAACGGACCCAAACAGGUGGGGACAACCAUCAUACAAAACUUCAUUGAUGUUAACACUGGCUUUCGGUCGAGUACUGGAAACGCAUACAUUGACCCCAACCCACACCCAAAUAAUUUACACAUUUUGACCAAUGCUUUUGUCACCAAAAUACUAUUUAAUGAUAAUCCAGAUCACUUGAAUGAACUCAACAUAACAGUAAGGGCUGACCUCCCCGUAGGUCUCCACCUUCAGGAUCACGCGAAUAUCGGUCCCAUUAAUCCAAUUAUAAGAAAUACCGUACCUAUCAAUCCAUUGCCUGAAGUGACAAACACUCAAUUAAACAAUUUGUUAAUCAACCGGUCGGGACCCCUAUCCCGGUCUACGGCUCUCUAUACAUAUCUCAACACCAAAUCCAAUCCCACUAAGGACUGGCCCAACAUUAUGGUCGGCACAUCCGUGGCUAAUAUCGACUCUUCACAGAUCUCUUACUAUUUACAACAAAAUAAUCAAUUAAAACAAUACAUGAAUACAUAUUUGAGUGGUCAGUGGCUAAUGGUAUUCGCAUAUCUAUAUCGUGUCCGAAGCUAUGGCACCAUUAAGUUAGCGUCUAGGUGUAGUGACUCUGUCUGUCCAAAUGGAGUCUAUUAUUAUGAAUGCGAUUCAUAUCUAAGAUGUCUUAUCAGACAAUUGGGUUCAUCGGUGUGGCAUCCGGUGGGCACCUGUCGUAUGGGAUCGGCCGAUAGGAAUGAUGUAGUGGUGGAUCAGACUCUGAGAGUCAAAGGUGUCGGUGCCCUCCGUCGACAGUUAAGCCAUAAUCAGCUCAACAAAAGAAACUCGUGGUAUGAUACCUACGAUUACAUUGUGGUGGGCGCCGGAUCUGCCGGCGCUGUAGUGGCCAACAGACUAACCGAAAACCCAAACAUCAAUGUAUUGCUUCUGGAGGCCGGGGGUCCGCAAACCCUGACCACCGAUAUACCGGUGACAUGGAUAGGCCUAUUGGGUAGUGACAUAGACUGGGGCUACCAGACAGUCCCUCAAAAAAACUACGCAAUGGCUAACAAUGGACGGGUACCCCUCAGCAGAGGUCGGGUAAUAGGCGGCUCCUCCUCUAUAAACGCUAUGAUAUAUAACAGAGGAAACCGUAGGAGUUAUGACGACUGGGCCAACACUUACGGCGCUAAGGGAUGGAGUUUUGAUGAAGUGUUGCCUUAUUUUAUGAAAUCUGAAAAUAACAGUGAUAUGCGAGUGGUCAGCAAAAACCCUGGUUAUCACGGAACGAAUGGACCGGUAGGCAUAUCAUCGGAUCUAAACCCACAGCCGAUAUUUCAGUUGUAUUUAAAAGCUAUGAAUGAACUCGGAUUUGAAACCAUUGACGUGAACGGACCCAAACAGGUGGGGACAACCAUCAUACAGAACUUCAUUGAUAGUAAUACGGGUUUGCGGUCGAGUACUGGAAACGCAUACAUCGACCCCAACCCACACCCAAAUAAUUUACACAUUUUGACCAAUGCUUUUGUCACCAAAAUAUUAUUCAAUGAUAAUCCGUAUAAUCUGAGGGCAACUGGCGUUCAAUUCGACAAAAAUAGCAAAACAUAUCAAAUAAUGGCUAAAAAGGAAGUCAUUAUAAGUGGAGGGACUAUUAAUUCACCACAACUUCUAAUGCUGUCCGGAAUUGGACCAAAAGACCAUUUAAAUCAAUUCGGUAUACCAUUAAAAGCUGACCUCCCAGUGGGCGACCACCUCCAAGACCACCCGUAUGUCGGCCCCAUUACUCCAAUCAUCAGGAAUAAUGUUCCCAUAAAUCCGAUGCCUGAGCUGUCUAUCACCCAAUUAGACCAGUUGCUAACUAACAGAUCUGGACCCCUAUCCCGUUUUACAGCCCAUUUCACAUAUCAUAAUACAAAAUCCAAUCCCACUAAAGACUGGCCUAAUAUUUUUGUGGGCACCGGCAUGACUAAUGUCAACGAAUCAUUGAUUGCAUAUUUAUGGCAAAAAUAUCCGGAUUUAAAACAGACUAUGAAUAGACGCUAUUUGAGUGGUCAGUGGCUAACGGUAUUCGCGUUUCUAUAUCGUGUCCGAAGUUAUGGCACCAUUAGGUUAGCGUCAAAACCAAUACAAGGGUGUAGUGACUCUGUCUGUCCCAAUGGACUAUACUAUGAAUGCGAUUCAUAUCUAAGAUGUCUUAUCAGACAAUUGGGUGCAUCGGUGUGGCAUCCGGUGGGCACCUGUCGUAUGGGAUCGGCUGAUCGGAAUGAUGUAGUGGUGGAUCAGACCCUGAGAGUAAAAGGUGUCGGUGCCCUCCGUGUGUGCGAUGCCUCAGUUAUGCCUCAAAUACCAAACGCCAACACAAAUGCCGCCACUAUUAUGAUCGGAGAGAAAUGUGCGGAUCUUAUUAAACAACAAAUUUAA